GCAAACAUGAGGAGCAGCAAGUGGAAGGAGGGAUCGUCUCCAAGAACUUCACCAAGAAAAUCCAGCUGCCCUACGAGGUGGACCCCAUCACAGUGUUCGCCUCCUUGUCUCCAGAGGGGCUGCUGAUCAUCGAGGCACCCCAGAUCCCACCCUACCAGCAGUACGGCGAGGGCAGCAGCGGCAGCGAGAUCCCCAUCGAGAGCCAGGAGGCCACAUGUGCCUGA